AUGAAUGAUAAGGAAAUGAAUGACAAAGACAUGAAUGACACUAGAAUAGCGAUGGACAAACUCAAAUCGGUUCCAAAGUACUACCAAUACCUCUUGGCCUUGGCAUUUGCUACAAAAGAGAUCAAUGAGAACCCCAGCCUCUUAACAAACACUUCUCUGGGUUUCCUUGUCCUCAAUGGUUACUACUUGGCAAAGAUUAAUUACAAGGCCACCCUGAGCCUCCUUUCAACAAAGCAUAGGUUCAUCCCCAAUUUCAAGUGUGACACCCAAUACAAUCUCAUAUCUGUCAUUGGAGGAUUUUGCACUGAAACAACGACUAACGUGGCCACCAUAUUAGCAGCAUAUAAUGUUCCACAGGUACUGCCUAUUUCUGUGUGCAGUGUCAACUGCCGUCCUGGCUAUAGCAGAAAGAGGAAGGAAGGAGAACAAUUUUGCUGCUUUGAUUGUGCUGAGUGUCCGAAAGAAAUGGUUUCCAGCCACAAGGAUACAUAUGUCUGUGUCAAAUGCCCAGAAGAUCGCUAUCCUAACAAGGACCGAAGUCAGUGCAUUCUCAAGACAAUAAGUUAUCUGUCUUACAAAGAAACUUUAGGAAUCUCCUUAGCUAUUCUGGCUGUUUCAUUCUCUCUGAUCACAGUGUUGGUGCUUGGAAAUUUCGUAAAGCACCAGGAAACACCCAUAGUCAAAGCCAACAACCGGAGCCUCACCUACACUCUCCUCAUCUCCCUCCUGCUUUGCUUUCUCUGCUCCUUGCUCUUCAUUGGACAGCCUGUAAAAGUGACCUGUGUUCUGCGACAGACUGCUUUUGGCAUCAUAUUCUCUGUGGCUCUUUCUACUGUGUUCGCUAAAACAAUUACUGUGGUUCUGGCAUUCAUAGCUACUAAGCCAGGGUCUACAGUGAGGAAAUGGAUGGGGAAGAAACUGGCCAAUUCUAUAGUCCUUUCCUUCUCCCUUAUUCAAGCAGCCAUUUGUCUGCUUUGGCUAUGUUCUUCCCCUCCAUUCUCUGCCAGGGACAUGCAUUCAGUGGAUGGGGAAAUCGUUUUGGAAUGCAAUGAAGGAUCCACAGCCAUGUUUUACAUUGUUUUGAGCUACAUGGGCAUUCUGGCCUUUGUAAGUUUCUUAGUUGCUUUCCUUGCCAGAAAAUUACCAGAUAGUUUCAAUGAAGCCAAAUUCAUCACCUUCAGUAUGCUGGUCUUUUGCAGUGUUUGGCUUUCCUUUAUUCCUUCCUACCUGAGUACAAAGGGAAAAUUCAUGGUGGCUGUGGAGAUCUUCUCCAUCUUAGCCUCCAGUGCUGGUUUACUUGGUUGCAUUUUUUUCCCAAAAUGCUAUAUCAUUAUUCUGAAGCCUGAGCUGAACAACAGGGAGAUGUUAAUUAGGAGAAAUAAUAAAUGA